AUGUCCCUAGUUGAAAAAGCAAAAAAGGCCGCUGCCUACAACGCCGUCGACGAAAACUUCCCCGCCAACGCCAAAGUAGUCGGCAUCGGCUCCGGUUCCACCGUGGUGUAUGUUGCUGAAAGAAUUGGCCAACUUGCCAACAAGGAGUCGUUUGUGUGCAUUCCAACCGGAUUCCAGUCCAAGCAGCUCAUCAUUGACAACGGCUUGAAGUUAGGCACCAUUGAGCAGUAUCCUUCGCUCGACAUUGCCUUUGAUGGUGCGGACGAAGUCGACUCCCAGUUGAACUUGAUCAAGGGUGGGGGAGCAUGCCUUUUCCAGGAGAAAUUGGUUGCUUCUGUGGCCAAGGAGUUCGUGGUGGUGGCAGACUACCGUAAGAAGUCUCCCUCUAACUUGGGAAUCCAGUGGACUCAAGGUGUGCCCAUUGAGAUCGUGCCAAACUCCUAUGCUACCGUGUUGAAGUCGUUGUACGCUCUUGGGGCCAAGAACGCCCAAUUGAGACAGGGAGGAAGUGCCAAGGCUGGUCCCAUCAUCACUGAUAACAACAACUUUUUAAUCGAUGCCGAUUUCGGUGCCAUCGAGAAUGUGGCCCAGUUGCACCAACAGAUCAAGGCCUUGGUGGGUGUUGUCGAGACCGGUUUGUUUGUGGGAAUGGCCAAGAAGGCCUACUUCGGAGAGGAGUCUGGAGAAGUGCUGGUGUGGGGUGCUUAG